CGUGAAUCUUCUUGAAUAUCAUCCAUCUUCACAAAUGGAUCCAAACCCUAAAAACUUCCCGAUCCUCUCCUACGUAAUGACCAGGCUCCCGACCAUGAAACGCCCACCAACCCAGCCGGAUUUUGACAUCGAACAGCCUCCAACUACGCCUCGUUCGCCAUCCAAACCGAUGUCAAACCCGGAACCAUAUUUCGAACUCACUGAAAGAAUGCCUCAUUUAACAGAUCCUCACAUUUUGGCUUCCAUGCAUGCAGCUGUGGCUGACGUGUCUCAAACACGAUCGUUGCUCAAGACACUCGGUGACCGCCCGGAUCAUGAGGCGGUAGACAUUGCUAAGGCGAGGCUUGCGGAGAUCGAUGCCAUGUUAUCGAACCAGCUGGAUGAGAUCUCGUUGUCGGAUAAGGUGGAUCCGGAAGAGGAGAAGCGGAAGAAGGCGUUUGAGUGGGAGAAACAGAUGCAUAAGACAUUGAUCUCGUUGGAUCAGAUGCAUGAAUCGUAUGAUAAGUUGUUGUGUGAUGCUGAGAAGAGGCUUGAGAAGAUUUAUGAGUCGGCUAAGGUGGGAGGAAGAAAAGUUGAGAAGAUUGAUGAAGGUGCGGUGGUUAUGGAUGAUGUUAACGAGGAAGUGGUUGCGAUUUUGGCGGAUGCGAUGUCGAACGGGGCUCAAAGGAUCGAUUUAUCGGAGAGACGAUUGCCGUUUUUGCCUGAAGCGUUUGGGAAGAUUCGUACAUUGGUUUGCCUUAACCUAUCCUCUAAUCAGCUUGAGGUGAUUCCUGAUUCUGUUGCUGGACUUGAGAAUCUUGAGGAGCUUAAUGUUUCCUCCAAUAUUUUGGAGACAUUACCAGAUUCUAUUGGCUGUUUGCUCAAGUUGAAGAUUCUUGAUGUUUCUAGCAACAAGCUUGAUUCCUUGCCUGACACCAUUGCCCAUUGCAGGUCAUUGGUAGAACUUGAUGCCAGUUUCAACAAGUUAACAUAUCUGCCCACGAAAAUUGGUCAUGAGUUAGUGAAGUUAAAGAAACUCUCGAUAGCAUUAAACAAGGUGCGCAACUUCCCUACAUCCAUCGGCGAAAUGGUGUCUCUUGAGUUCCUAGAUGCACACUUCAAUGAACUACGUGGACUACCAAAUACGAUUGGAAAACUAUCGAAUCUCAAGGUACUAAACUUAGGAAGUAACUUCAGUGAUCUCAGAGAACUCCCGGACACAAUUGGUGAUUUGACCAACCUUAAAGAGCUUGAUGUUAGCAACAACCAAAUCCAAGAACUUCCAAUGACUUUUGGUAGACUUGACAAGUUGACCAAACUCAAUGUUGAUCAGAACCCGUUGGUGAUCCCACCAAAAGAAAUAGUGGAAGAAGGGAUUGGAGCCAUAAAGGUGUACAUGGCUCAGAGGUGGUUCGAUAUGUUAGUUGCGCAAGAGGAAAAAAACAGGCGCGAACAGGAAGCAUUGGCUCAAGCUAGUUGGUUGAGCCGUAGCACCACUUGGUUGGCUGGUGCGGUUGUUGGUGCGGCUGGGACUGUUUCCUUACUCAUGGCAGGAGAAAACGAUGACCCGUACCUUGAGGAGGAACGAUGAGGGUUGGGCACGUUGAGUAAUGGGUCAGAAUGGGUCAUUUUGUUGCGGGUUUUCGAUGGGUUGGGUUAAGUUGACCAUAAACAUACUUUUAUGUCAUUUUUUGAU